CGAACACAUUCGUAAAAGAACAGUUGAAAACGAAACAUAUUUUUGUCAGAAAAGCAAAAGAAGUUUUAAGUGACUUUCAAUAGAAAAGUUAUACAAGAAAGUACUAAAAUCUAAACAUUCUGUUUUUUGAUUAUAACUACUCGGAAUUGCAAGAAAAUUUAUAGUGAAUAAAAACAAGCAGAAAAUUUGAGGAAAUUAGUGGAGCUCUACAAGAGAAUUAAGUAUAUAUCGAUAUGGGCAAAGAUUUCUAUAAAAUCCUCGGUAUUAACAAAAGUGCCAAUGACGAUGAAAUUAAGAAGGCCUAUCGUAAAUUGGCGUUGAAGUACCAUCCAGAUAAGAACAAAACACCGCAGGCCGAGGAGCGAUUUAAGGAGAUUGCCGAAGCGUAUGAAGUGCUGUCAGACAAGAAGAAGCGGGACAUCUACGAUCAACAUGGUGAAGAAGGCCUGAAGGGUGGUGUACCUGGUGGUCCCGGUGAGCAGGGUGGUGGUUUCAAUUCAUACCAGUUCCAUGGAGAUCCGCGCGCCACAUUUGCACAGUUCUUUGGUUCGUCAGAUCCAUUUGGCAUUUUCUUCAGUUCAAGCGAUCCCAGCCGAAUGUUUGGUGAUUCGCAGAAUAUAUUCAUGACUGCUGGCAAUGACGAUGAUAUCUACUCACAAAUGGGUGGCGGCGGUGCUUUCCGCUCGCAAUCUUUCAACGCACAACCCAACCGCAAAAGACAGAUUCAAGAUCCACCUAUCGAACACGAUCUUUACGUCUCUCUGGAGGAAGUCGAUAAAGGCUGUGUAAAGAAGAUGAAGAUCUCGCGCAUGUCGAUGACAACAGGGCAGCCGCGCAAGGAAGAAAAAGUCUUGAAUAUAACUGUGAAACCCGGCUGGAAGGCGGGCACAAAGAUUACCUUCCAAAAGGAAGGUGAUCAAACCCCUGGAAAAGUUCCGGCAGAUAUAAUUUUCAUCAUACGGGACAAGCCGCACCCAUUAUUCAAACGUGAAGGCAGCGAUAUCAAAUACAAUGCUAAUAUCAGUUUGAAACAAGCCCUUUGUGGCACUGUUGUACAGGUGCCGACGUUACAAGGCGAUAGAAUUACGGUCAAUUCACAGGGAGAAAUCAUUAAGCCUAACACAGUUAAACGUAUCUCAGGCAGAGGGUUGCCUUUCCCAAAGGAGCCGACGAGACGAGGUGACCUGCUGGUGGCGUUUGAUAUAAAAUUCCCCGACAGUCUGCCGGCUGUAACAAAAGAUCUGUUGACAGAUGUGUUACCAAACUAAGUUAACCGGGCGCCGUAGUUAUAAGUUAAGUUGGGCGGGUAUGAAGGGGGAAGUAAUGAGAGGGAUGAGUUAAUUGAGCAAGUAAAUGUACUAAAGAAGUACUGGUAUUUCCAUUGUCCAGAAAAACUAUUUAGGUUAAUUUAAAUUAAUGUACAACGUUUAUUGUUACUUCUCCCCGUUAAUUUGAUUGCGAGAGAUCAGCAUUAGCUAGAGCUAGUAACAUUUGUAAAUUGUUAUAAUUAAAGCUUAGUUGUAAGAUACAUUUAAACUCGAAGGCAAAACAUUGUUAAGCAUACAAAUGUCAAAAAUUUUGGAAAAUAUGCAUGUCGGUGGAACAUUCGAAAAUUGUCAUUACUUAAGUAUCACUUCCAGUUGUAAAAUUACUGGCGGCCGGCAUUAACAUUAAAAGUCGAAAGUAAUUGGAACGUGGAUACUAUAGACGAUUAUACCAGAAGACUGAUAUAGAAUAAAUGGAGAUUCAUGUUAUAAAAAUCGAUUUAGCUUUCUUCAAUCUAAAUGUAUAAAUUACGUUUUUUUUUUUAAUUUCAAGUACGGAUGUCUUAAAAACGCAUUGAUGCAAAGCAUCGGUCUGUUGAUUCUUAAUAAGGCAAGUUCUCUACUUUCACUUCCGAGUGAAUUUCAACCCUUCUAUUUGAACUCGAAGUGGCUUUGGUUUAAAAAAUUGACUCGGAUGUGAAUUGCAGAAACUGCCCGUAUGUCUUACAUUUACAUACAUGCGCAAUAUGAAAAACUAUUGGGGCGGCUUCUGCAUUUCACUUCCAAGUGGAUUUCAAUAAAAUUCGCUUUGACUUCAAAUUGGUAGAGGUUGAAAUUCGCUUGGAAGUGUAUUGCAGAACCUGCCUGAUUAUUUUUUUGUUUAAGUUAGGGGCGAAGUCUCUUGGGUGUAGAAAUAAUGUACACUGAUGCUUUUAUUAAUGUGUUACAAGAGAAGAGGCUGUCUAAGAUCUUUUUACCGAAAUAUGAUUGGAAUCGAUGAACAUUUUGGAUAACACUCUUUUCGUAACGGUCUUCACGGCUUUGGGUUAUGAAAUGCAUUCCUCAAAACCCUUUGGUAUGUUUUUGCUGUUGAAACAACAUGCGGUAUGUUUGUAGGAAAGGUCAGUGCGUUUUAGCACAAUUGCAUCAAUUUUCUACUGAAGCUUCAUACUUAAAAAUACAUGCAGACAAUUUUAUGCUUACAGUGUUUUACUUUUGGGUUUAU